CAUUACAUAUUCCUAUUUAUACGACACACCAAUCAAAAAAGAAUCUCUCUAUUUUCUCUCUCUAAGUUUUUUCGAUUCAAUUUCGGGAAUUCUGUGUUUUGAAGAAGAAGAUACACAAACUAAACAAUAAUUAAGGCCAAAAAGCGAUUCAAAAAAAGCUAAUAAAUUCGUCUCUCUCUCAGACAAAAGCAAAUUUGCAAGGAAAAUUCUAUAAGGUGCAAUUCAUUGAGGUAUGGAAGAAGAGUUGCAAGCAAGUUCAGUGACACCGGUGAUGAAUGUAGUUCAAAAGACAGACAGCAAUGCUGAUUCGACUAAGAUAACCGAUGGCAACUUGAACCAAUUUUCAAAAGAAGGUAUGAAAGAAGAGGAAGAAACUGCCUUUGAGGGAGAAUUUAUAAAAGUAGAGAAGGAAUCCUUAGAUGUGAAGGAUGGUUUACGUAAUGAUGCUGAAACACCACCUGCUGUGGACGAGAAGUCUUCUGUUGAACGGAGCUCAAGCAAUUCCUCCGUUAGCAGAGAAUUUCUAGAAACCCAAGAAAAGGUGAAAGAACUUGAGCUUGAAUUGGAAAGAGUAGCCGGAGCUCUAAAGCAUUCUGAAUCUGAGAAUUCCCAGCUGAAGGAUGAAGUCUCGAUUACAAAGAAGAAGCUGGAGGAAAGUGGAAAGAGUUAUGAAGAACUCGAACUUAAUCACAAGAAACUGCAGGAACAGAUCACGGAAGCUGAGGAGAGAUACAAUCUACAGCUUAUUGGCUUGCAAGAUGCAUUGCAAGCUCAAGAUGCAAAGCACAAGGAGCUGGUCAACGUGAAGGAAGCAUUUGAAAGUCUCAGCCUUGAGCUUGAAAGCUCUAGAAAGAAGAUGCAGGAGUUUGAACAAGAGUUGCAAAUUUCCUCAGGUGAAGCAAGCAAGUUUGAGGAGUUGCAUAGGCAAAGUGGUUCGUAUGCUGAAUCUGAGACAAAAAGGGCCUUAGAGUUUGAAAGAUUGCUUGAACUGUCAAAGUCAAGUGCGAAAGAAAUGGAAGAUCAGAUGGCUUCCCUGCAGGAAGAACUCAAGAGCCUCUAUAAGAAGAUUGCUGAAAACCAGAAGGUUGAAGAAUCACUCAAGAGUACCACAGUCGAGCUUUCAAUGGUUCAAGGAGAGUUGGAGCUUUCAAAAUUACAAGUGCUGGAAAUGGAGCAGAGGCUUGCUUCAAAGGAAGCUCUUGUACAAGAACUGACCCAAGAAGUAGAUUUGAGAAAGGCUUCCGAAUGUCAGUUAAAGGAAGAUAUCUCAGCACUAGAGAAAUUGUUCUCUUCAACAAAAGAAGAUUUUCAAGUUAAGGAGUCGGAGUUGGAAGAAAUCAAAUUGAAGUUGCAGGAGGAAGUGAAUUCAAAGGAAACACAGGUUUCAAUGAUACAGGUGGAGCUGUCCAAAGUAACCGAAGAAAAAGAAUCUCUUGAAGCUGCUGUGGCUGAGCUAACCAGUAAUGCAGGUUUGAUGAAGGAGUUAUGCAAUGAUCUUGAGAUGAAGUUGCAAUUGUCUGAUGAGAACUUUUGUAAAGCAGAUUCUCUCCGGUCUCAGGCUUUGUUAAAUAUUGCUGAGCUGGAACAGAAGUUAAAAUCUCUUGAAGAGCUCCAUCACGAAUCUGGAUAUGCAGCAGCAACUGCUCAACAAAAGAAUCUUGAGCUCGAAGAUAUAAUACAAGCUUCAAAUGCAACAGCAGAAGAAGCUAAAUCGCAACUGAGAGAGCUUGAGACACAUUUUAUAGCUGCAGAGCAGAGAAAUGCUGAGCUCGAACAGCAGAUAAAUCUGGUGGAACUUAAGAGCAAUGACGCUCAAAGAGAACUGAGAGAGUUUUCUGAAAAAAUUUCUGAACUAAGUGCCACACUACAAGAGAUCGAGGAAGAAAAGAAACAGCUAAGUGGCCAAAUACAAGAAUAUGAGGAUAAGAUUACUCAUCUGGAGUCUGCCUUGAACCUGUCCUCUUCCCGCAAUUCCGAGCUGGAGCUUGGAUUGAAGAAUGUUGCUGAAAAGUGUGCUGAACAUGAGGGCCGAGCCAAUACAACACAUCAGCGCAGCCUCGAACUAGAAGAUUUAAUCCAGAUGUCUCGUUCAAAGGCAGACGAUGCGGGCAAAAAGUUAAGUGAGAUGGAACUGUUGCUCGAAGAAGAGAAAUCCAGAAUCCAGGAGCUUGAAGAACAAGUAAGCAUGUUAGAAAAGAAAUGUGGAGAUGCAGAAGCUGAAUCCAAGGAACACUUUGAUAAAAUCUCAGAAGUUAAGCUGGAACUUGAAGCAUUCCAAUCAAAAGCAUCAAACCUUGAGGUUGCGCUACAAAUGGCCAAUGAAAAGGAAAGAGCACUGACUGGUUGCUUAAAUGAAACAACAGAUGAGAAGAAAAAUUUAGAAGACGCAUUGAGAAAUUCCAGUGAGAAGCUAAGUGCCACACUGAGAGAGAUCGAGGAAGAAAAGAAACAGCUGAGUAACAAAAUACAAGAAUAUGAGGAUAAGGUAACUCAAUUGGAGUCCGCCUUGAACCAGUCCUCGUCACGCAAUUCUGAGCUGGAGCUGGAAUUGAAAAAUGUUGCAGAAAAAUGUGCUGAACAUGAGGGCCGAGCCAAUACAACACAUCAGCGCAGCCUCGAACUAGAAGAUUUAAUCCAGAUGUCUCAUUCAAAGGCAGAUGAUGCGGGCAAAAAGGUAAGCGAGAUGGAACUGCUGCUCGAAGCUGAGAAAUCCAGAAUCCAGGAGCUUGAAGAACAAAUAAGCAUGUUAGAAAAGAAAUACGGGGAUGCAGAAGCUGAACACUUCGACAAAAUCUCAGAAGUUCAAAUGGAACUUGAAGCAUUCCAUUCAAAAGCAUCAAACCUUGAGGUUGCACUACAAAUGGCCAAUGAAAAGGAAAGAGAAUUGACUGAUUGCUUAAAUGAAACGACGGAUGGGAAGAAAACUUUAGAAGAUGCAUUGAGAAAUUCUGGUGAGAAGCUGAGUGCCACACUACAAGAGAUGGAGGAAGAAAAGAACCAGCUGAGUGGCCAAAUACAAGAAUAUGAGGAGAAGAUUACUCAUCUGGAGUCUGCCUUGAACCAGUCCUCUUCACACAUUUCCGAGCUGGAGCUGGAAUUGAAGAAUGUUGCAGAAAAAUGUGCUGAACAUGAGGGCCGAGCCAAUACAACACAUCAGCGCAGCCUUGAACUAGAAGAUUUAAUCCAGAUGUCUCAUUCAAAGGCAGACAAUGCGGGCAAAAAGGUAAGUGAGAUGGAACUGCUGCUCGAAGCAGAGAAAUCAAAAAUCCAGGAGCUUGAAGAACAAAUAAGAAUGUUAGAAAAGAAAUACGGGGAUGCGGAAGUUGAACACUUUGAGAAAAUCUCAGAAGUUCAAAUGGAACUUGAAGUAUUCCAAUCAAAAGCAUCAAACCUUGAGGUUGCACUACAAAUGGCCAAUGAAAAGGAAAGAGCAUUGACUGAUUGCUUAAAUGAAACAACAGAUGGGAAGAAAAAUUUAGAAGAUGCAUUAAGAAAUUCCAGCGAGAAGCUAAGUGCCAUGCUACAAGAGAUGGAGGAAGAAAAGAAACAGCUGAGUGGCCAAAUACGAGAAUACGAGGAUAAGAUUACUCAUCUGGAGUCUGCCUUGAAGCAGUCCUCUUCACUCAUUUCCGAGCUGGAGCUGGAAUUGAAGAAUGUUGCAGAAAAAUGUGCUGAACAUGAAGGUCGAGCCACUACGACACAUCAGCGUAGCCUUGAACUAGAAGAUUUAAUCCAGAUGUCUCGUUCAAAAUCAGAUGAUGCGGACAAAAAGGUUAGUGAGAUGGAACUGUUGCUUGAAGCAGAGAAAUGCAGAAUCCAGGAGCUUGAAGAACAAAUAAGCAUGUUAGAAAAGAAAUGUGGGGAUGCAGAAGCUGAAUCCAAGGAACACUUUGAUAAAAUCUCAGAAGUUAAACUGGAACUUGAAGCAUUCCAAUCAAAAGCAUCAAACCUUGAGGUUGUGCUACAAACGGCCAAUGAAAAGGAAAGAGCAUUGACUGAUUGCUUAAAUGUAAUGACAGACGAGAAGAAAAAUUUAGAAGAUGCAGUGAGAAAUUCCAGUGAGAAGUUGGCUGAAACUGAGACCCUCCUUGAAGCUUUGCGGAAUGAAUUGGAUCUGACUCAACAGAAAUUGGGAAGCAUUGAAAAUGACUUUAAAGCUGCUGGGAUGAGGGAAAGUGAGAUUAUGGUGAAGCUGAAGUCUGCUGAAGAGCAACUAGAGCAUCUAGGUACAGUAUUAGAGCAAACUGCUGUGAGAAACUCGGAGCUUGAAUCAUUACAUGAAUCUUUAACCAGGGAUACAGAGUUGAAACUCCAAGAAGCAACUGCAAAUUUCACCACCAGAGAUUCAGAGGCUAAGUCACUCUAUGAGAAACUAAAGCUUCUUGAAAAUCAAGUAAAGGCUUAUGAGGAGCAAAUAGCCGAAGCAGCUGAAAGAUCGGCAUUUGUGAAGGAAGAAUUGGAUCAGAUUUCAAUGAAAUUUGCCUCUUCCGAGAUGACUAAUGAGGAACUCAAACGAAAGAUUUCAGAGGCAGAAGAUAAAGCUGCACAGUUUUUCUCAGAGAAUGAACUGUUAAUUGAGACAAAUACACAGCUCAAAAGCAACGUUAAUGAGCUUCAAGAAUUACUGAACUCUGCUUAUGCUGAAAAGGAAGCUGCUGCUCAGCAACUGGCUUCUCACAUGAAUACCAUUACUGAAUUAACAGAGCAGCACACAAAAGCAUCUGAACUUCUCUUGGUAGCUGAAGCCCGGAUUUCAGAGGCUGAAAGAGAGUUAGAAGCAGCCAUUCAGAAAUUUAGUCAGAGAGAUUUAGAAGCUGGAGAUUUGACUGCUAAGCUAAAUGCACUCCAAAGCCAGGUAAAAAUGUAUGAAGAACAGGCUCAUGAAGCAGUUGGUGUCGCAGAAACUCGAAAAAUUGAGCUUGAACAAACCCUAUUGAAAUUGAAGGAUUUGGAAGGCAUCAUUGAAGAGAUGCAAAACAAGUCAGGUCAAUUUGAGAAAGAGAGAGAAGGGCUGGCUGACUUGAAUUUAAAGCUUACUCAGGAGCUGGCCACAUAUGAGUCCAAAUUAAAGGAUCUACAAGGCACAACUGUUGCUGAGAAGGAUGAAACACUGGAACAGCUUUCAUCUUCAAAGAAAUUGAUAGAAAGUUUGACCGAGCAGCUUACGCUUGAAGAGGAGAAAGUACAAUCUCAGAGAGAAGCAGAUUCUCAAAAGGACUUUGAAAGAGAAGCUGCUUUGAAGCAUUCCUUUGAAGAGCUUGAAGCUAAGAACAAAGUGGUCAUACUUCUAGAAGAGCAAGUGAAAGUGCUUGAGCAGAAAUUGCAGCUAGCUGAGACUAAAUCCAAAGAAAAGAAUGAUGGUGGAGGCAGUCCAAUUGAAUUGAAAUCUAGAGAUAUUGGAUCAACAAUUUCAACUCCAUCAAAACGGAAGAGUAAGAAAAAACUAGAAGCUGCAUCUGCAGAAAUACCGUCCUCGGGGACCCAUACUCAAUCCACUGAGGGUUCUCCCAUCAUGACCUUGAAGUUCAUGUUAGGCGUGGCCCUGGUGUCCGUGAUCAUUGGCAUAAUUCUUGGGAAACGGUAUUAGUAAUGGAUUCCAAGAUUUUAGUUUUGCCUAUAUUUUGUUUUUUGUUUUGUAUUUUUUUCAUUUUUUAUGGUUUAUUUCAUGCACAGCAGAUUGGAAAGUUUUGUCAGUAUGCUUGUUGAGUUCAGGGUUUGAAGUUGGUCAGGGAAUUUGUUUUUCAUUUCAAUCCCUAGCCUGUUUGCAAAGGAAAAAAACAGUAGAUUCAUGUAAUCAUUUUAUGUUUGUAUUUAGUGUUUGAUUGUUUUUGUUGUAAUGUCUUUAGGUAGCUUUUGGUAGUAACUUUGUAAUUUCAUUGAAAAGUUUCUGUGCUAGAACUUAGAA